AAAAAGUGUUUGCCAGCCUCCCGCAGGUUGAACGAGGCGUUUCCAAAAUUAUCGGAGGUGAUCCUAAGGGCAACAAUUUUCUUUAUACCAAUGGAAAAUGUGUCGUCAUCAGAAACGUUGAUAAUCCUGCAAUUGCUGACAUCUACACUGAGCAUGCCCAUCAGGUUGUAGUUGCCAAGUACGCUCCCAGUGGAUUCUACAUAGCAUCUGGAGAUGUCUCUGGAAAGCUGAGAAUCUGGGAUACUACACAGAAAGAACACCUACUAAAGUAUGAGUAUCAGCCAUUUGCAGGAAAAAUAAAGGACCUUGCCUGGACUGAAGACAGCAAGAGAAUUGCUGUGGUUGGAGAAGGAAGGGAAAAAUUCGGAGCAGUGUUCCUGUGGGAUAGUGGUUCUUCUGUUGGCGAGAUUACUGGGCACAACAAAGUGAUCAAUAGUGUGGACAUUAAACAAACGAGACCAUAUCGUCUGGCAACUGGCAGUGAUGACAACUGUGCCGCUUUCUUUGAGGGACCGCCAUUCAAGUUCAAGUUUACAAUAAGUGACCAUACACGGUUUGUAAACUGUGUGAGGUUUUCUCCUGAUGGGAACAGAUUUGCUACAGCUAGUGCAGAUGGCCAGAUUUUUGUCUAUGAUGGGAAGACUGGAGAGAAAGUGUGUGCUCUUGGUGGAGGCAAAGCUCAUGAUGGAGGUAUUUAUGCUAUUAGUUGGAGCCCUGACAGUAGUCAGUUGCUUUCUGCUUCCGGAGAUAAAACUGCUAAAAUCUGGGAUGUUGGUGCUAAUUCUCUUGUCAAUACUUUUAACAUGGGAUCAAAUGUGUUGGAUCAGCAGUUGGGUUGCUUGUGGCAGAAAGAGCAUUUACUGACUAUCUCCUUGUCCGGCUACAUCAAUUAUUUGGACAAGAACAAUCCAAAUAAGCCUUUACGUGUCAUAAAGGGUCAUAGUAAAUCAAUUCAGUGUCUUACAGUGCAUAAAAACGGUGGAAAGUCCUAUAUUUACUCUGGAAGUAAUGAUGGUCAUAUUAAUUAUUGGGAUUCUGAAACUGGAGAGAAUGAUGGCUUUUCUGGGAAAGGUCAUACAAACCAGGUUUCUAGAAUGGCAGUGGAUGAAAUGGAUCAACUGGUCACCUGCAGUAUGGAUGAUACUGUGCGCUACACCAACCUUAGCAAGAGGGACUACAGUGGCCAGGAUGCUGUGAAGAUGGAUGUUCAGCCAAAAUGUUUAGCUGUGGGUCCUGGUGGCUAUACUAUAGUUCUAUGCAUUGGACAAAUUGUCUUGAUGAAAGAUAAGAAAAAAUGUUUUGCAAUGGAUGACCUUGGCUAUGAGCCAGAAGCUGUAGCCAUUCACCCUGGAGGAGGUACAGCAGCAGUGGGAGGAGCGGAUGGGAAUGUCCGGUUGUAUUCAAUCCAAGGAACCUCUUUGAAAAAUGAUGAGAAGUCUUUGGAAGCUAAGGGUCCUGUUACUGACCUGGCAUAUUCUCACGAUGGUGCCUUUCUUGCAGUCUGUGAUGCAAACAAAGUUGUCACUGUCUUUAGUGUCGCUGAUGGCUAUGCGGAACAUAAUGUCUUUUACGGACACCAUGCAAAAAUUGUUUGUAUUGCCUGGUCUCCUGACAAUGAACACUUUGCUUCCGGGGGCAUGGACAUGAUGGUAUAUGUUUGGACUGUAAGUGAUCCAGAGACCAGAGUGAAGAUACCAGAUGCACACAGGCUACAUCAUGUAAGCGGCUUGGCAUGGCUGGAUGAACACACUCUGGUAACAACAUCCCAUGAUGCUUCUGUCAAAGAGUGGUCUAUCUCCUACAAUUGAAAUAAUCCCUCUCUUUGGAAGGACCUAAUCAGGGACUAGAACUACUGCAGUGGAACAUAGCAUUUCUCUUAAAGAAUCUGUAUUGGCCUCUGGGUCUGCUAUCAUAUCCUCAUAUCUUUACAGGGUGUUCAUAUCUGUAAUUAAAUGUACUUUGAAAGCUUUAGCCAGUAACAGUUUGCACAUGAAAAGCACUUAAAUUAUGUCUGGAGCUUAACCUUUGUGCUGAACAUUCCAGAGGCAACAGCCAAGCGAGUUGGUGUGAAAGAUUCAAACUCAAUCAGUUGUUCUUUUCUAACCAAGAAACAUAAGACUGUACAGCAUGAGAGUAAUACUUCUCAUUUUUAAUAAUUACAGAACAUUUCUGUACUAACGGUCAUAGUAAGAGUAUUUAGUUGUGAUCCGAAACCAAUCAAGCUGUGUGCAGCUACUGUAUAUUGCUUUGCUUCUCUGUACUGCACCAAACUGUUGCCUCAGAUUUUCUCCUCCAGAUAACAAAAUGGGGUACAUACAUAAUAAACUUUUUAUGUAUUUCAUGUCAAAGCUUUGUGGUUUAUUUUAAGGUGGAAGUGUGGGGUUUUGAUGUACUUACUGUUGUGGGUAUAAUGUUUACAAAUAAUCAUUGUGGCAACUUCUUGCAUCAGAAACACAUUUGUUACUUCCAUGAAAUAAGAUUGUCUGGUCAUUUCAAUGUCAGAAAAAAAUCUUUCUGUUUCAAAGAUUAAAGAUAUUUUCUGUUUGAAGGAGGAGAAGCAUGUUAUUGUUUAAAAAAAAAAAUGCAGUACUUCUACCACCUUUUUGAAAAUACAGGAAUUAAAGUGAAGCAUUGUUA